AUGCCCGAGUGUGUCAUCCUGCCACAGCCAGACCGGUUAUGGGAGUAUUGCCCAUCGUACGGCGCGGCCAUCACGUUCCUUACCAUCUACUCGUGUACGACACUUGUACAUUUCAUCCAAACCAUUGUGUAUCGAAAGCCAUUUGUCAUGGUUCUUAUCAUGGGUGGCAUCUGGGAGCUGGUCGGGUUCACCUUGCGCGUCUGUUCAAUCCUCGAGCCCGACAAUGGCGGGUUCUACAGUAACAUGGGAAUUCUGGUUCUGCUGGCUCCGCUAUGGAUCAACGCCUUUGUCUACAUGGCACUGGGACGAUUGGUCCAUUUCGCGCUGGUACAUGACACCGUCAUGCGCAUCCGAGCUCGACGCUUGACCUUCAUGUUCGUCACCUUCGACAUCACCGCGUUCAUCAUGCAGGCAUCAGGAGGGAUCAUGGCCGCCAAAAGUGGAGCUGCUUCGACCAAGAGGACGGGGUUCCAUUACAAGCUCUGCAAGCCUGUCAUGUACGACCUGUUCGAUGAGACCAAGCAAUCGCUCGCCUCCAUCAAGCGGAUACUCUUUGGGCUGUACACCGUCCUCACGCUAAUUCUGUGCCGCAACUCGUGGCGCCUUGCGGAAUAUGCAACGGGCGUGGACUCGUCCCUCCGGCUCAACGAAUGGUGGUUCUAUGUGUUCGAUGCCCUUCCCAUGGCUGGAGCAAUGGUGCUGCUGAAUAUCUGCAAUCCAGCACAGGUGUUGACCGGGCCUCGCGCAGACUUCUCAGAGGAGAAGAAGACUCGAAAGCUUGCAAAGAAAGAGCAGAAGAUGGCCAAGCAAGACCAAAGACAAACUGCCCUGUAUGGACGUCUCCCAACGGCAGACCUCUGA